GUCACUAAAGACAGAACUGCUGAUGGCCAUGCACUGACUGAGGCACGAAAACAGCUGAAGGAGGAGACUCAGCUGCGGCUGGACGUGGAGAAAGAGCUGGAGGCGCAGAUCGGGAUGCGACAGGAGAUGGAACUAGCCAUGAAGAUGCUGGAGAAAGAUGUUUGCGAGAAGCAGGAUGCGCUGGUGGCACUCAGACAGCAACUGGAUGAUCUCAGGGCCCUAAAGCACGAACUGUCUUUCAAGCUGCAGAGUUCAGACAUGGGGGUGAAACAGAAGAGUGAAUUAAACAGCCGUUUGGAGGAAAAAACAAAUCAGAUGGCCGCCACCAUCAAACAACUUGAACAAAGAUUGCGACAGGCGGAGAAGGACCGUCAGUUGGCCCAGCAGGACAACCGUCUCUUCAAGCAGGAGUUUGGGGACAAAAUCAACAGCCUCCAGCUAGAAGUGGAAGAGCUCUCCAGGCAGCGACCGGCUGCAGACGUGGAGGCACGGAGCUUCCUGGUGGCCCAGGGGGACGGGAAGCUCAAAAUCCAGGAAGAAAACGCUAAACUGAAACAGCCACUAAGAGAGGAGAACAGUGUCCUGCCAGACAAGUCCCCGAGCGGCACACAGGAAGAGCAGGAGCAGCUGCUGGAACCUGGAAAUGCCGAGAUCUGCCAGCUCUGCCAGGAAGAAAGCAGCCGAAGCAAAAAGAAGAACAUCUGCAAGAACUGCGGUGGCAUCUUCUGUGAGGCCUGUUCGGCGAACGAGCUGCCCCUCCCAUCCAGUAUCGACCCCCAGCGCGUCUGCAAUCCUUGUCACAAGCAGCUCAUCCAGCAGUAUUCCAACAGUCCCUUGCUCCAGCCUCUGCCCGCCACCACUGGGCGUUACGCCGCCGCCACCGGGCGUUACGCCGGCGAUGGUGCAAGUGCCAGAGAGCAGAACCGCUCCGUCCUGCGGCGCCUGCCGUUCCUCCAGAACGGCCGCUUCCGCCUGUGCGACAGAGAGUCUUUCCACAGAAGAAAGGAAGAGGAAAAAGGAGAAUCACUCCUUCGCUGCAGCUUGCUGCCGUCCCGCUCUCAAACGCGCCGCUGCGUUUCGUUCGGAAUUACCGUCUCUGGUACGGGAACAGCAGACCUGCGCAACGCAAAAGAUCUCGCUGGCAAAGGAAUAAUUCAACGGCACUGGACUCUGGGGAACAAUGGAGAGAGGCAGCCUGUGCUCAGUGACUCGGAUGCGUUACGCUCUCCUCUAGCCGCAAGGCCAACGUCACGCUACAGGGCCAUCUGGAAACCCGCACGCAGGGGGAUCCUUUUGCGCAGGGCGUGA